AUGCUGGUAUCACGCGUCGAAUUCAUUCGGAGAAAGCUUCUUUACUCUUCUAAGUCCCGUCUGAGACUCAGACAGAGUGAUAUCUGCAAAUUGAAAUUUUUAGCCAGAUUUAUACAUCGUGCAUUCCUUGCCAAUAUUUUAACGCUUCGUGAAUCAGCCGGUCUCAUGAUUAGAAGAAUCGGCGACUUGUAUCGUGCCGGUUAUUUUAAUUUCUCUCAGGAUAUAACCCUAAAUCGCGGUCAGAAAGUUCUAUUUGGUGCUUGCCUUAUUUCCUUUGCUCAGGACUCCAUUUCAGAGGACGAGAUGAUAGCAACCGUUGAGGCUUUUGAUGUGGAAAAAUACAAUGAGCUUUGCUUUAGUCCGUCUGGUUUUAAAGAGGAAAAGGGGGAAUUAGCCUCCGAGCCUGAUUUUCCAACGCCUCGUGUUUAUAGCAGCUUAGAAAGUCCCCUGACAUUCUACAUUCGCGAUCUUAGACACACCUUUCGGACAAGAGAAAUCAAAUUUCUGACAGACACCAUCUUUCGUGCACGUCGAACUGAGUCGUGUCCUACAAAUACAGAGCCAUCAGUAGCUUCGUCUUUUACGCCUCCAAAUUCUCCACGUGGGGUUAUGCUCACCGAACUCUCAAAACGCCUCUCGACAGAUGGAAAAGGAUUUAUUGAUGCUGGCUGGGAGCUCAUUAUUGAUCGGCCUGAGCUUCGUAUGUGGCGAAGGCCUUCCUCCAGGUCGUCUGGAAUUUCCAGUGGAUUAUACGAGUACAGAGUAUGUGGCAGCUUUACAGACAUAUCAGCCAGGUGCUUCCUCGAAGUUCAACUGAAUCUUGAGUAUCGACGGCAGUGGGACAAUAGUGUAGUAGCUCUUGAAUCCUCCCGCUCCACUAAGCCGACAGCAGACGCAGCUGAGACCGAAGUGAUUCGAUGGGUCGCCCGUUUUCCCUUCCCAAUGGCUCGUCGCGAGUAUAUCUAUGCACGACGUUGGUGGCUAACCACUUCUGCGUCAACUCCAACUCACGAAGGCUUAAUCGCGCUCAUUAUUUCUAGAGCAUGCAAUCGCGAGUCAAAGAAUGAUGAGAAUGGAGGAACUUCUACCAAGGGUAGUGAUGAUAGUCAUAGCAGAAAUUUUGAAGCUCAAUCUGAAGGUGGAAUGGUUAGCGUUAAAGCGUAUGAAUCGAAUAUAUUCAUUCGGUCGCAUGGCAACAUUGAUGAGCCGGGACUGGAUUACUUCCUUGUCUAUUAUGAUGAUCCUCAGUUAAUUCUCUCUACGGAAGCCGCGAGUCUUGUUCCAAAGUUAUUGGAAAAGCUCCAUGAUGCAGCCCUAGCGAUUUCCAAGCAUGGGCUACCCGAAUGCAUAUCUCCAAUAGUUCCCUCAUUUCAACCUCCCUUCUCUCAAGAUGCCAAAGUCCCUCCAAAUUUGUUAUCCUCUGAUCGUCACGACGAAACCGUGAACACUUCCCUUUCUUCUGAUAAUUCAACUUCCAUCUCUUUUGGUAGAAAAGUCUACCGACGCAUUUUUGGCCCUUAG